GGCAAUGCACGGAUGUGUGGUGGUCAAAAGCCAACUGUCUCCUGGUUUACGGCUCAUUCAGUCCGUACUGGAGCGCGCAUCCAGACAGCGGAGCUUCUGCGUCGUGACCGCGCCCCACCAGCCCCCAGCAGCGCAGUCGCUAUAUCCUAUGACUCAAAGCGUACCGACUUCAUUCACAUCGGAGGUCACAUAACUAGAGCACUGCGCGCAAGUGGCAUUUGAUACAAAAUCCUUUCCACGAGAACAUAAGCCGAACAAGGGGGACAGCUUUAACCUAAUCAUAAUUUAAAGUUAUCAACGGGACAUAAAGUGGAUGUUUUGGGAGGCUACCAUUCAAUAGACUGUGAAAUAUAAGAGUGUUGUCACAAAAUGCUUAAAGGAUUUAACGAAGAUCCGAGAGAGAGUUCUUCACUUACAAUGGAUUAUGAUGGACAAAACGAUUACAUUUAUCACAUCUGUACGUUCUUAUCAGUAUUGCUGUUCUCUGUUUUGUGACUUAUCCAUCACUUACCGUGGAAGCCCAGGAAGAGACUUCAACAAAGGUCCACUUGAAAUGCAAAGCUAAUACACCUUAAAGUCACACCAACCUCCGCCAAGUUGCCUAUAAUAGCCUCAGAAUUUUGACUGCCGUUUGAACUUAUAAUUUGGACUAGCCGUAGCGUCGUGGAGGUAGCGGCUCCACCCGAGGGAUGGUCCUGGAUUUCCAGGGUUUGGGAGCGACGCGUCGGCUCCUGCUUCUUGAUCGGUGGUGGAACUGUUGGAACUUUAUCUCGUUCUGGAGCCCAUCGGACCUGAAAGGAGAUGAGAGCCGCGUUUCUGAGCUUCCUACUCGCCUGCUUCCUGUGCCUCUUAUGCAACGCCACUGAGGAGGUCUCUCUCCCCCGGGAGCUGUUGGAGCGUCUGUCCCAUAGUGAGAUCCGCAGCAUCAGCGACCUCCAGCGGCUUCUGGAGCUAGACUCCGUAGAGAAUGAGGUGAUUGAAGGGACCAGCACGAGGCACUAUAACAAGGCCUUCCCAUACAGCAACCCACACCUGAAGAGCUCUCAGACACACUCCAGACGCAAGAGAAGCAUCGAGGAGGCGUUGCCGGCGGUGUGUAAGACUCGUACAGUGGUUUACGAGAUCCCCCGCAGCGCCGUGGACCCGACCGCGGCCAACUUCCUCAUCUGGCCUCCCUGUGUGGAGGUGAGGAGGUGCACGGGGUGCUGCAACACCAGCAGCAUGCACUGCCUGGCCUCCCGGAAGCAUCACCGCACCGUCAAGGUGGCUAAGGUGGAGUACGUGAGGAGGCGUCCCAAACUCAAGGAGGUGCAGGUGAGACUGGAGGAACACCUAGAGUGCAUAUGCACCUCCAAACGUCACAUCAAGGAGCUGUACGAUACAGACAAUGCCGUAAGGUGAAGAAGGAUGGGUGGAUGAGAUAAAGAGAAUAAAGAAAAUAAUGGAGUGAAGAAAACAUUUAGACUUUCAUUUUUACUGAGACUGAAAUAUGGCGUUCUGCCACAUCGCCUGUAAUGGUGGUGAGAUGAACUGCUUGGUACCAGGACGGAGAACAUUGCAUUCCCACCAGAUGACAACUUAUUAACAAGAAAAAUCUUUGACAAGGAAUGAAUGCUUUCGGAAGAAGCAAAUAAGGACUUCCUUUUUAAGAGUGGGUGUGGCUUUCAUUGGAUGAUAGAUAGGGGGGGCUGGGAUAUUGGAGGACUAUUGAAAAUGUAGUUUUGACUACAAGACUUCUCUCCUGACAUUGGAUUACAAGUGGUUUGGAAUCCUAGCAACCCUCCUCCUUUCCAUUGGUUUCCGAGGACAAUGGCCAACCAGGGUUUUGUUUUAUAUUCCAAGCACUGCUAUCCUCCUCCUUCUUCAAUGGAAAGCAUAUCAGUUAUGUAUAUCCUGUUAUUUUUGUAAUCCUUGUUUUCUAUUACUGACUGACUUCUCGAUUCUUCUCUGCUUUGUAUCCACAUAAAGGAAGGGUGAGUUAUUUUCUACCCCAGAAACAAGUUGUUGUUACUAAUAAACUAUUUAUAUGUCAA